AUGUUUCGACUCAGAACAGUGGGCGGAUCAAUCUCCCUUUUCCGCUUUUCCUUAAAAAGAACUCUAGGCAAGAGAUUUCUUUCAAGUCCAAGAGAUAUCCGAAAACAGCCACAAUUAAACCAAUUCCAGGACCCCAACAGACCACCAGAGAGGUUUCAGGAGGAGAACAAGAUCCCACAACCAAAUGCAAACUUCAAUAAUGCCGGAAAUGCCAACCAGACAUAUUCUCCUGGCCAAGGCGGUGCAAAUGGGAGAUACAUUCCACCAAAUGGUCAACAGAGGCAAUUUAGGGCUGGUCGGAUGAUGUUUGGAGUCACGUCUAUUGUGCUUAUCAUGGUGGGAACAAUUGGAAUUUACAGAUCGUAUCAUGCGGAGUCCCUUAGCAAUGAAAGCAUAGAUUUGCUAAACGAAGCACUACAGAAAGAGAGUAGAGGUGAUAUAGACGAGGCAAUCAGGAAAUACUUAGAUUUGUUGAAGCAGUUGGAUGAGGAAAAGACUCCACACACGAAUUCUAGUUAUUUGGGGGCAGCAACGCGUAUUGCGGAAUUGUAUGAGAUAAAAAAAAUGCCAGAUAAGGCAUUACGAAUAUACGAAUCACUUAGCAACUAUUUAACAAAACAGGUUAGUGAAUGGGAACCAAGCACACUAGUAUCGAACGAUACGCAACUUGAUACGCUAAUCAUGGGAUCACUAACUGUUGCCACCAGGUAUGCCGCCUUGUUACCGGAAGAUCAGGCAGAAAAAGGGAAAAAGCUACUUUUGAUGAACAUAAUCCAGGCUCAAAGACGAAUAAUAGAGGAAUAUCCUCCAUUCAUUACAGUUUUGAAUGCCAACACAAAUCAAAACAUCUUGGCGUUGAUAGCCAAGGAUAUGGCAAGCAAAAUGCAGGGCAAGAGUGAAGAGGAGAAAAAAAAGCAUCUUAAAGAAGCUUUGAAGAAGCCAUUGGAGCUUCCUAUAUAUACAACUGAUCCUACAGAGGAGAAUAAGAUAUUAGGGCUUUUUGCAAAGGGAUGGCCACUGUUUACUCGUGCGCUUAUUACUGCAAGAGAUUUGUAUGCUAAUAUAUGUUUAGAAGAGGGAGAUUAUUCGGAGGCUGCAUCAUGCUUAACGACUAAUGCCGUCAUUAUCCAGAGAUGCUUCGAUCAUCCGGCAAGACUUGGCGUUUGCCUCACAAAGCUCGCAAUAGUGCUGCAGAUGAUGGCGGAGACUUUGAGCGAAAAACUCGAUAGAGAGCAAGAGAAAGCUGGACAUAAAGGGGAAGAACGGCCAAUUUCACACAUGGAAGAUCAUGAACUUAGCUUGGAGGAUUUGCGCUCUUCAAAUUUGGCCAUGAACCCUCUUCAGAUGCAAAAUCCACAGAUCAAGGAGUUUGUUAUUGAGAAAACAUACAAGGAAUCGGAACGGAUCUUUCAAAGAACUCUACUUUUGAUUGACAAGCUUAGAGAACAACAUGUCAGAAAUGACGUUCCUAAACAGUUUGACUCAGCCCUAAGUAGAUCAGAGAUGGUUUCAUCGUGUGGUUUGGCCUUGAUACACUAUCAGGAUGGUGAUUUGAAAAAGGCCUUGAAGUAUCUGCAAAGAGCUAAAGUGCUAGCUGUAAGAAUAAACUCCACAGACUACACACGCGAUAUUACAGAAUGGAUAGAUCAGAUUGAAAAGGGCAAUCAGGUGGAGAAGACAACUAGCAGCUAA